UUUCAACUAAAAUAGGCUGGGAAUACUUCUUAGUUUCCAAAGAUAGAGCAUACAAUUCCAAAAUGCUCCUUUAAGUCGAGACAAAUUAGAUCACUUGUUUACAGAACUACCCUGUUCUCUUGGCUGGAUCAGGGUAUGUGAGCAACAGCGCCACGGCAGGAUUUCCAGUGACCCUAGCUAUGAGAACCCUCACCCUCCUUGCUGCUGUUCUCCUCGUGGCCCUCCAGGCCAAGGCUGAGCCACUCCAAGCCGAGGAUGAGCCACUCCAGGCCAGAGCUUACGAGGCUGACGCCCAGGAGCAGCGUGGGGCAGAUGACCAGGACUUUGCCAUCUCCUUUGCAGGGGAUGCAAACUCAAGUCUUAGAGCUUUGGGCUCAGCAAGGAGUUUCACUUGCCAUUGCAGAAGGUCCUGUUUUUCAACAGAAUAUUCCCAUGGGACCUGCACUGUCGCAGGUGUUAACCACAGAUUCUGCUGCCUCUGAGGGAUGAGAACAGAGA